AAAUCCACUUCUUUUUCCCACAUUCCCAUCAUGGAGAAAUACCAUGUUUUGGAGGUGAUUGGAGAAGGCUCCUUUGGAAGGGUGUAUAAAGGACGUCGCAAAUACAGUGCCCAGGUGGUGGCCUUGAAGUUUAUCCCCAAAGUUGGUCGAUCACAGAAAGAGCUGAAGAAUUUGCAGCGAGAGAUUGAGAUCAUGAGGGGGCUUCAUCAUCCCAAUAUUGUGCAAAUGCUUGACAGUUUUGAGACUGACAAAGAGGUGGUGGUAGUGACAGAUUAUGCUGAGGGGGAGCUAUUCCAGAUCCUUGAAGAUGAUGGGAACCUGCCUGAGGAACAGGUGCAGGAUAUUGCAUCUCAGCUAGUUUCAGCCCUGUAUUAUCUGCAUUCCCACCGCAUCCUACACCGGGACAUGAAACCUCAAAAUAUUCUGCUGGGGAAAGGGGGUUUGAUCAAGCUCUGUGACUUUGGGUUUGCCCGUGCAAUGAGUAUCCACACCAUGGUGCUGACAUCUAUUAAGGGAACUCCACUGUAUAUGUCCCCUGAGUUAGUGGAGGAGAAGCCCUAUGACCACACAGCUGACCUCUGGUCAGUGGGCUGCAUUCUGUAUGAGCUGAAUGUGGGGACACCACCCUUCUACACCAACAGCAUCUUCCAGUUGGUCAGCCUGAUUAUCAAGGACCCCAUCAAAUGGCCUAAAAGCAUGAGCCCCCACUUCAAGAGCUUCUUGCAAGGCCUGCUGAUGAAAGAUCCUCAUCAACGCCUCUCAUGGCCAGAGCUACUCUACCAUCCUUUCAUUGCUGGACGGGUCACUGUAAUCGAUGACCCAGAAGAGCCAGGCGUCGCCAGCCCCUUCACCAGCAAACUACCACCUGAACUGCAAGCCCUGAAAGAACAGCAGACCCACUCAUUGGCCCCUCACAGUGGCCAGUCAAAAAUCUUGAGGAAAGCACGGCAGAAGAUGGCCCAGGAGGCACGGGAAAAAGAACUGAUGAAAAAUAAAACUCCAUCUAAGGGAGAAAUCGCCAAAGGAACCCAGGGCCACCCACACAAAAGCCACCUUAGUCAGGCGUCCGCCAAGGAAAGGAGAACAGCCGCCAACACUGGAGAGCGCGGGGAUCCUGAUCUGAAUGAAAAGGGAACAAAGUGGGAGCAAAGAGAACCAUCCGCCACACCUCGAGAGAACAGGAUCACGCAGGAUUACGAAAAGGAAUUUCCAGAUGUGAGACCUGAAAGGGGCAAAGUAGAGAAACGAGGCAGACAUAGAAUUGAUACUGUAGAUCUAGAGACUGAGGAAUUGGAUAGUGAUGAGGAGUGGCAACACCUGAUGGAUGCCACAGAUCCUGCACAUGUGCAGCUGAGUGCCCCACUGAGUCUUCUGCAGGACACUACCUUUGUGCAGCGCAUCUGUGUCCGGCUCAGGGAUUCUAGUCAGCAAGUCCUUGAGGGAAUGCUCAAGGGAGCAUCUUAUCUUCGUCCUGCUCUCCGUGUCAUUGGCAAUUUGCUAGGUACCCGCUGUGACUCAGAGCUGUUGUAUACCUUCUGCAAUGACAUAGGACUGCCCCACUUCCUUGUGCAGUUAGUGGGAAGCAUCUUGGAGAGCUUCAACAUUAAGCAGCAGCCCUGGUAUGUCACACUGCUAUUAGACCUAAUCACUGUGAUGUCGGCCUACUUUGCCAGUGAUUUCAACCGAGAACAGGGUGGAAAAAAGCAAAGUUUUCAGGCAUUCCACAGCUCUGCUAAUAACUUUUUAGCCUUGCUGCCCACACUGCUGGCUCAGCCCACAGAUCAAGAGUUCAGGCUACGAGAGGAAAGUCUCAAGUGCUUUACUUGUUUGUGUGAAAGCAUGGAUGUUGCCUGCCCUUCUGUCUCCAUCCCCUUCUACACCAGCUUGUUUGAGGAUCAUCGGCUUCUGCUGGAUGCCUUGUGCCAUGGUGCCAGCUGUGAACAACCAGCCCUAAAAGUGUCGCCAAAGGAGGCAAAGUUAGUGCAGGAACGGAAUGAGUACCAGGCAGCGGCAUUUGCAGCAGCCAUGGCUGCAUCCUGCGGCAUCCCAGGAGGGCAGCAUGCGUGUCAUAAGGCCAAAAAGCAGAUCUCCCAGCAAAUAACCAAGAAGCUCACAGAGGAAGGUAACCAGUUGCUGCCCAAACUCUUUGCAAGUCUUGAGCACCCAGCCUUUUCUUUGACUAGCCUAAAGCUCCUGUAUGCCUGUUGCCACGUCAGUCAGGAUCUGUGCUACCACGUUGCCACUCAAGAAGUGCUGAGUUACCUGAUCAGUCAUCUACAAGGCAAGGUCCCACUGGCUAAACAGGCACAAGUACAAGCAACCGAAGCCUCCCUGAGACUUCUCUCCCUGCUGGUUCUCCAGUUACAGAGUCUCCCUCCACAGUCAGAUACUGUGCUGAAAGAGACCACAGAGCUUUUCAACCAUGCAGCAGUUACCUCUGUUUUAAGUGCUGCGGCACUGCUACUAACCUACCUCAGCCAGUAUGGUGCUGCUGUGAAACUCAGGCGAGAAGAGGCCUUUGGAGUAAUAUCUUCUGCACUCACAGAACUUGCGGAGCUGGGCCUGCCACCUCCCAUGGGAGCUGGUUUCUAUGAUGGGCUGAUACUCUUGCUAUUUCAAAUCUUAAGCCAGGAGGAUGCAGCAGUGAUACGGGCAUUCACUGGGUCGGACCUUUGGAGCAUCGUGUGGCAUCGCUUUGCCAUGGUGCUCCACUUGACCAAUGGGGCACCAGUAAUGGAAGGUGAGACCCCAAGAGUUGGCCAGCAUGCACCAGAGCCAGAGUGGAAUCUCAUCUCACCACAAGGAACCUUACUCUUCCUCAGCUUUGUUCUCCACAUCUUCCAGCGUGAACCUCACCAAUGCCUUCUCCAGCUGGCUCAGCCCAAUGGAGUUAUCAUGGCGACCCUUAACAAGCUGCUUGGCUUUGACUACCUGGAGAACUUGACACAGACGCAGAUGCAAGAAGAUGGUGAUCCAGAGCUAGUGCCUGCUGUGGUGCUCCAAGUCUGCCAGCUCUUCUGUUUCCCGUUUGCUCUUGAUAUACACCCUGAAACCUUAGAGCUGAUCAUGACAGGUCUGAGGGACUCUGAGAUCCCUUCUCAGUUGCUCCAGGUCUGCAUCCACUGUCUCCCCUUCUUGGACACGGAGCUGCCCUUGAGUCUUUUGUGCCACCUCGUGCUGACAGAUGAGAGCGCCAUUGAGCAAGUGAUGAGGGUGGCGGCCUCCGAGCAUGCCAUUGCCUUCAUGUCGGCCAUUUUGCUGUCUGACCAGGCAACUCUCCUUGUAGACCUGCUCUCCUUGCUCACACACGUGGCCCGUGCUGGGGCGACACAUCUGCCUUUCCUACAGCAACUCCUGUGUGGCUCUGACACAGCUCCCCAACUGCUAGGCCGUCUUUUGUGCCACCAGGAGCACCUAGUCCGUGCCAGAGCCUGUAGCCUUGUGGGCCACCUGCUGCGUCAUGGACAGGACUUUCCUCAGCUUCUGCAGGGCCAGGUUGGGCUGUUGGAGUAUCUGCUGCAACGUCUUUCAGAUGAGGAUGACCAUGUGCGCCGCUCAGCCAGCUUUGCUGUUGGGAAUGCAGCCUACCACACUGGACCCUUUAUGCAGCCCCUUAGCAAAGCGGUUCCCAGGGUCGUCCGACUCCUGGGUGAUCCUGUAGCCAAGACCCGUUGCAAUGCAGCUUCAGCAUUGGGAAACUUGGGCCAGCAGUCAACGGAGCUGGGCAACUUGCUUAUCCAGAGCGGAGCCCCUGAUCUUCUGUUGGACGUGGCCUGCCACGACUCCCAGCCAGCUGUGCAGGAGGCAGCCCUCGUUGCCCUCCGAUGCAUUGGCCAGCAGCCCAAGAUCCACCAGGUGCUGGUGUCACUCAGAGCAAGUGAGAAACUGGAAGUGCUUUCCCAUGAGUCUCAAGCUACUGACUUUAGCAGCCCUCCUCCUCCAUCAAUACACUGCAAAAAACUGAUCCACCUCCUGCAACCCACAUAGAGUGCCUGA